CACAAUUAUAUUUCAGUAGCUCUACAAAAGCUCCAGCAAUUGCCAACCCACAAUGGCAAUACAUCGUGUUCUGCCAUCGCUCUCCGCGUUUCUUUGCGUUCUGGGUUUCGUAUGGUCGAGCCAGUAUGAUGGUUACAAACUGUACGAAGUGCCCAUCUCCACUGGCCACGAAGUCCAGCUUCUGCUAUAUCUUCAGCACCACCGUCCCAGUAUCGAUGUUUGGGCCCUGAACAAGCUCGGUCCCAAGCGGGUGCUUGUGCCGCCGAUCUUGCAGAAAACUGUUGAGUCCUUCUUCAAGGACUAUCGCAUCAACUACACCGUCAAGGUGGAAGAUUUCGGAAAGAAUUAUUCGGCUAGACAAGCGCCAACGAUGCAGCUGGAGGAUCCAACGUUUAUGAACAGUUAUCCAACGUAUGACGAGAUCAACGACUAUUUAGUUCAAAUUGCGACGGAGAACUUCGAGUGGAUUCGGUUCCGGAUCAUUGGUUGGUCUGUGGAAGGUCGCCCGAUUCGAGCAAUCACGAUCAAUCCUGAUAAGCAGAGAACAAUCAUUGUGGACGCAGGGAUUCACGCUCGAGAAUGGAUCACCGUAUCUACUGCACUAUACUUGAUCAAAAAGCUAAUCGAAGACGGUGAUCAAUACCGGAUUCUACACGAGUACAAAUGGGUGAUCGUGCCUCUAGUGAACCCAGAUGGUUACAUUUACUCGACGGAAACUGAUCGCUAUUGGAGAAAAAACCGAAGACGAUUGAGUGACAAGUGCGUUGGAGUGGAUCUGAAUCGGAAUUUUGGGUUUAGGUGGGAUGUGGGAGUGAAUUUGUUCUCUGGUGAAUGCCAUCCAGGAUUUCGAGGCUACGCUCCAUUUUCCGAACCGGAAACCAGAGCUCUAAGAACAGUGAUCGACAAUAAUCCGGAUGCCGAUCUGUAUAUCAACUUGCACAGUUUCGGGGGCUAUUUGAUCUAUCCUUGGAGCUACGAUAGUGCUGCGGUGGAAAAUGUGGAAGACUUGCGGAAGGUCGGAGUUUCGGCAGCAAGGGCCAUGUGGCAUUACGGUCAUCACGAGUACAAGGUUGGGUCGAGUUCGGAAAUAUUACGUUACCAGGCCAGUGGAACCAGCAUCGACUACGCGUACUCGGUUGGCAUAGACUUCCCGUUUGCGAUGGAGAUCGCCGAAUACGGAUACAGUGACUUCCAGCCUCCAACGAAUGCUAUCGCUCAGAUUGUUAAGGAGUCAUUUGUCGGAAUAAAAGAAAUGGUGUAUGCAGUUCGGAAGCUGAAAGCGGAAACCAAAGAAUAACUUCAAUCUGUAAUGUAAUGAUUCAUAAUAAUAAACUUUUGAAGAGUUUAUUUAUUUUA